AUGACAUAUGUACAGUUGUACAUACCGCUGGAAAUCUCCAGAGAAGUGGUAUGUCUUUUGGGGAAUCUCGGGAACCUCAUGAUUAGGGAUCUGAAUCGAGAAUUGACUGCAUUCCAGAGAGCGUACGUCAAUCAGAUAAGGAAGUUUGAUGACGCUGAAAGAUCCAUACAAUUUAUGCAAGAGGUUGUUAACAAGCAUUCGGAAAAGACGUGGAAGUACUUCCUGCAUACUGACGAUGAGGGGAAUGCCAUCCAGCAUCCCAACGUAGCACAAUUAGUGUCUACAAUGCAUACACACUCUCACGACUUUGUUCACGAAGCGGUGGAAGACAUCAAAGGGUUCGAAAGUCGGGUUAGACAGAUGGACGUGUCGUUAUCCAAUCUUCGGUUAAGGCUGAAUUGUCUCAUAGAGCACCGUCAUGUAAUUUUCGAAUGCUCACGAUUCCUGGAGGGAAAUCCUAAUAUAUUUGGAAGAGUUCGUAGCCAAAACUUAGACGCUGAUGAAUUUAGACUUACGGAAGAAGACGAGUUGAGUGAAACGCUCAGUGAAACGUUGUCAUUUGACGAUGAUAUUGAUAAUGAAGGAGGUUAUGAGCAGCAAACAGGUAUGCCAUCUUCGAAUGAAAAUUUCAGCAGAUUAGUGCAGGGGUUUCAUGAUAAAUUUAUGAUAGCAGGGUCCAUUAGAAGAGACAAAGUUGAAAUUCUGAACAGAAUUUUAUGGAGAUUACUUCGUGGUAAUUUAUUCUUUCAGCAUUUUCAAAUCAAUGAACCUUUUGUAGAAGACGAUGAAAAGGUAGAAAAAGACAGCUUUGUUGUAUUUACACAUGGUGACACAUUGAUGAGAAAGGUCAAAAGGGUUGUCGACUCAUUGAACGGCAGAAUUUUCUCCUUUAAUGAUCGCUCACACGAUACUUUAAAUGCUCUGAAUGACAAGAUAUCCGAUUUGCAGCAGAUAAUUUUAACAACCGAGCAAACCUUGCAUACAGAAUUAGUUUUUGUCGGGGACCAACUGCCAACAUGGAAGGCAAUCGUUAAAAGGGAAAAAUUCAUAUACGCUACCCUGAAUUUGCUUAAACAGGAAUCGCAAGGGUUAAUCGCAGAAGCCUGGAUACCAAGUCUUGAGCUGAUUGGUGUAACGAAUGCACUGAAGGACUAUAGUGAUGGUAUUGGAUCGGAAUACAGUACCGUAGUUAGCGUCAUUCACACUAAUAAGCGUCCUCCCACUUACCAUAAGACGAACAAAUUCACUCAAGCGUUCCAAUCUAUUGUCGAUGCUUAUGGUAUAGCUACUUACAAAGAAAUAAACGCCGGCUUGGCAGCAAUAGUAACAUUCCCUUUCAUGUUUGCCAUUAUGUUUGGUGAUUUAGGACAUGGUUUCAUUCUUCUAUUGAUGGGUAUCUAUCUUUGGAUAAACGAAAAAAAAUUCGAAGCCAUGAAAAGGGAUGAGACGUUUGACAUGGCUUUCACCGGUAGAUUUGUCAUUGUCCUUAUGGGGUUAUUUUCAAUGUACACAGGCUUAAUAUACAACGAUAUAUUUUCCAGAUCGAUGUCUCUGUUCCCAUCUGGCUGGAAGUGGCCCUCGACCUUCAAAAAAGGCGACUCUAUAGAAGCAAAGCAAGUUGGAGUAUAUGCGUUAGGAUUGGAUUCAAUAUGGCAUGGUACGGACAAUAAUCUUAUUUUCACAAAUUCAUAUAAGAUGAAACUAUCCAUAUUGAUGGGUUUCAUACACAUGACUUAUUCUUUCAUGUUUUCCUAUAUCAAUUAUAGAAAUAGAAAAUCAGUGGUAGAUAUUAUUGGGAACUUUAUACCAGGUUUGAUUUUCAUGCAGUCCAUAUUUGGAUAUCUGUCGUGGGCAAUCAUUUAUAAAUGGUCAAAAGAUUGGGUCAAAGAUGGAAAGCCUGCUCCAGGAUUGUUGAACAUGCUUAUAAAUAUGUUUUUAUCUCCCGGAAAGGUUGAUGAACAAUUAUAUCGUGGUCAAGCAUUUGUACAAGUAGUGCUUGUUUUAGCUGCCCUGAUAUGUGUGCCAUGGCUUUUGCUCUAUAAACCGCUUAUGCUCAGAAGACAACAUAAGCCAGCAUCUAGAAUUGCGCUACCACCUGAUCAUCAAACACAAAUGAACUUAUUCGAACAGAGUGAUCAACCGCAAGAUGAAAUGAUCAUUACUGAUUUCGGUAAUGAAGAGGAACAUGAAGAGUUCAACUUCGGAGACGUGAUGAUCCAUCAAGUAAUCCAUACCAUUGAAUUUUGUUUGAAUUGCAUUUCCCACACCGCCUCAUACCUUCGUCUAUGGGCAUUGUCAUUAGCUCAUGCCCAAUUAUCCACUGUUUUGUGGUCGAUGACAAUUGCAAAUUCAUUUUCAAGUGCCAACUCAGGCUCUCCCAUAGCUGUUGCAAAGGUGGUUUUUCUCUUUGGUAUGUGGUUUGUAUUAACGGUAUGCAUUUUAGUAUUUAUGGAGGGUACGUCUGCUAUGUUGCAUUCACUACGUUUACAAUGGGUUGAGGCUAUGUCCAAAUUCUUCGAAGGUGACGGUUACGCGUACGAACCUUUUUCUUUCAAAAAUAUUGCGGACUAA